AUGGCCGUCAAGGACCAAUUCCAGCUCAAACCAGAUCGUUAUCCAGAAACCCAAAUAGAAAGACAAGGCCAACGGCAGCCAGAUUGGUGUUGGAUCAAUUCAUCCUUGCAAGUGUCGGGGGAUAAUUCGACACAGUUUUUGCAGCCGACAGCUCGUGAUAGAUUGAGUGCGCAGGUUGAUCCUCUGUGGAGGACGAUGGACGAUAUCCAACAGGUGGCCUCGACAGACGUUGACAUAACGUUGGAUUAUCUGUUGGCUAAGACAAGCUAA